AUGAUGGACUAUGCCAACCAGAUCCUUGAAAACCUCUACAUUGCCGUCCCCAAGUAUCAAAAGGCCAGAGUCACCACCAUUCUCAAAGACCGCCGCUGGUGGGCUAUUCUUUGGUCAUGGGACAACCGGGUACUUAUGAGCACCAACGAAAGCCGGGACGCCGCUGAGGGAGCAAUGCGUUUUCUGCUAGAGACUACGAGCGAGUGGGUUUACGAGAAGACUCAGAAGAUGAGAGUUGAGCUUAAUGAGUAA